AUGACGAAGAGGGUUAGACGCCUAGCAAUGGUCGCCUUGGACACGGCGCCGUCAACUCCGCUGUUGGUGACGGCGGAGGGAGGCGGGAAGGUUGGGCUCAAUGUGACUGGAGAUGGAGGAGAAAGUGAUGGGAUGGGUACCGCAAUUCUCAGAGGGACGUUUGAGUCAUUUGAGGAUGAAAGCAAGAAUGCGAGGGAAACGUUUGGUGGGCUCUACGCUCUCUCAAACCUCGAUCAGACCUUCCCAUUCGUGAUUGAGACCGUGUUUGCCUUCAAUGGCAAAGGGAGAGGAAGGUGUUCCGCCGCGAUUGAGACAAUCAGAGAGUCACUGGCCAAGGCAUUGGUCGAGUUCUAUCCAUUCGCGGGCAGACUUGUCAUGGGGAGCGACGGGAGGAUGGUGGUGAGAUGCACUGGAGAAGGUGUCCCGUUUGUCGAAGCGACGUCGGAGGAUGACAUUGCAGUGCUGGUGACGACGUUCAAGUGCGGAGGGAUCGUCGUCGGCAUUGUCAUGAAUCACAUCCUUGUCGAUGGGAAAGCCCUCAUGGACUUCAUAGCUUGCUGGACAGACCUGGCUCGAGCCAAGCCGCCAUCACUUCUUCCUUUUCUCGAUCGAUCGGUGUUGUGCCCAAGGCGACCUCCGCACAUCGAUUUCCCCCACCAUGAGUAUGCUCCGAGAGACCGGCAGCCCGGACACGUGGUCGACCCCCAAACCAAACCCCUCGUUUACAGAUCCUUCUGCUUCAAGCCACACACUCUCAUUCAGCUCAAGAAAGCGUCAAGAAUCACAACCCAGAAUGGCUCUUCCGUAGUCCCGACGACCUUCGAAGUCAUAUCGGCGCUCGUGUGGAUCUCGCGAACCAAAGCUCUUGGAAUCCAUCCUCAUGAGACAACGAAGCUACUCACUAUAGUUGACGGCCGCCCCAAGUUCAACCCCCCGCUGCCAAGUGGCUACUUUGAGAACGGCAUUGCUUGGUCCUGUGCUGAGUGCAGCACGGGUGAAUUGACCCGGAAUCGCUUCUCGUUCGCUGUCAGGACCGUGCACGAGGCGCUCACAACUGUCACCGACAGUUACAUAAGGUCGGCCAUCGACUACGUCGAGCUUAACAGGGUCCUAGUUGACUGCUAG